AUGAGUCCUUUUUCUGGGAUUUGGAAGGGGACACCUCCUCAUUCAUUGUUGUUGUUGGCUGUAUUUAGCUUGUUUCUAAGAUCACCUAUUGCCCAUAGUCAGAACCAAUCCAAUCCAACCACCGAUCCCUCUGAAGAUAUUGUGAACUCUAUCUUUCGGAAAUUGAAUGUUCGGGCGCCUACUCAAUGGAAUGUCAGUGGUGAAUUAUGCACUGGGUCAGCCAUUGAUUCCAUGGAUCUCCAAAGUCUUAAUCCGGGAAUUAAGUGUGAUUGCUCUGACAAAAAUGGUACUCUUUGCCACAUCACGGCACUUAGGCUUUUUGCCAUGGACCUUCUGGGAGUUCCAGAUGAACUCUGGAAUUUGACUUUCCUCACUAAUUUACAGAAUUACUUUACAGGUCCUCUUCCUGCAGCCAUUUCCCGGCUAACUCGGUUACAGAAUUUGAAUUUGCGGUUUAAUGCGUUAUCGGGCAAACUACCGAAGGAACUUGGGUUGCUAACGGACUUGCCGGUGCUUUACUUUGAUAGCUCUGGGAUUAGUGGUGUCAUACCACCAAGUUUGCAGGGUUACAAAACCUCAUUAUCGUGGGGCUCUGAUACUCAACUCACUGGUCAGAUACCCGACUUCAUAGGGAAUUGGUCACAGCUCUGUGUCUUAAGGUUGCAGGGCAACUCUUUUCACGGCAUCAUACCGUCUUCAUUUUCAAACUUGACAUCCUUAAAAGACUUGAGGAUAAGUGAUCUAACCAAUGGGAAUGACAGCUGCUCUUUGGAGUUUCUUCAGGAUAUGAAGUCUCUAAACACAUUGGUUUUGAGAAACAAUAAUGUUUCUGGUCCUAUCCCAUCUUACAUUGGCGAGCUUCAGAAUCUACAACGUCUAGAUUUGAGCUUCAAUAGUUUCAGUGGACUCAUAUCUGAAUCACUUUUCAACAUUAAGAAUCUCACACAUAUAUUUCUAGGUGAUAAUAAAUUAACCGGCUCCUUGCCUCAGCUAAAGAGUUCAAAUCUCCCGAAUUUAGACAUGUCGUUUAACGAAUUAUCUGGGAGCUUUCCUUCUUGGGUCAAUGAGCAAAACUUACAGCUUAAUUUGGUGGCUAACAACUUUACCCAGUCAGAUUCAAAUAGAUUGCACUGUCUUCAAAGGAAUUUCCCUUGUAAUCGUGGAUCUCCUAUCUAUUCCAAUUUGUCUAUCAAAUGUGGCGGUCCAGCUCUGAGUUCUGCUGAUGGAGUUAAAUACGAAGCAGACAACCAAACUAAUGGUCCUGCAACUUUCUACGUUACAAGUUCAAGAAAUUGGGCAGUCAGUAAUGCUGGUUUCCCGGCUGAUGGCCCUAAUCCAAAAUAUGCCUUCAUUUCGUCAGCUCCAAUUGCAAAUACUUUGGAUCCAGAGAUAUUCCAAUAUGCGCGCGUGUUAGUUGGAUCAUUGAGAUACUUUGGCUUGGGUAUGGAAAAUGGUAACUACACAGUGAAUCUCCAGUUUGCUGAACCAGAUAUCCUUGAUACUGUUACUUGGAGGAGUCUUGGAAAACGAGCUUUUGACAUAUAUAUCCAGGGAAAUCUAGUGGAGAAAGAUUUUGACAUAAAAAGAGAGGCAGAUGGACAUUCUUUGACUUCUGUGCAAAGGACAUUUUCUGCUAUUGUAUCUGAAAACUACCUUGAAAUCCAUCUAUUUUGGGCUGGCAAGGGAACUUGCUGUGUUCAGGUUCAUGCGGACCUAUUGUUUCUGCUGUUAGUGCCACCCCAGAUUUCAUUCCCACUGUUGGUACCGCGUCUCCCGACCGGGGAAGAAGAAUCGCAGUGGUUUGAUUGUUGGUAUUAUUGUUCCCAUCAUCAUUAUAAGCUUUCUGUCCGCAUUUGCUUUGUGCUUUUUGAUCUGGGGAAGAAAACCAACAAAUAUUUGAGGAAGCUUUCAUCCUUAUGUUUGCUGCUAAUUUCAGAAUUCCUGGGGAUGGAUGCCAGACCAUACACAUUCAGUUAUGCAGAACUUAGAGCUGGGACAAAUGACUUCAAUCCAGCUAACAAAGUUGGAGAGGGUGGAUUUGAUACCGUUUUUAAGGGAAACCUUUAUGACUGGAGAGAUGUCGCUGUUAAACUACUAUCUGUGGUUUCAAAUCAAUGCAAGGCAGUUUCAUUUCAACUGUGCAGCACCUUACUUGUGAAGUUGUAUGGUUGUUGCAUUAAGGGAGACAAAAGAUUGCUUGUCUAUGAGUAUCUUGAGAACAAAAGUCUCGAUCAAGCGUUAUUUCGAACCGAAAGUUUACUCCUCGACUGGUCAAGACGGUUUGAUGUAUGCCUUGGAGUCGCAAGAGGUCUGGCUUACCUUCAUGAAGAAUCCCGAGUUCGAAUAGUGCAUAGGGAUGUGAAGGCCAGUAACAUCCUGCUUGACUCGGAUCUCAGCCCCAAAAUUUCUGACUUUGGCCUGGCCAAACUUUACGAUGACAAAAUGACACAUGUUAGUACCCGUGUUGCUGGAACAAUAGGGUAUCUUGCUCCAGAGUAUGCCAUGAGAGGACACCUCACAGAGAAGGCUGAUGUGUUUGGAUUUGGAGUUGUAGCUCUCGAGAUUGUGAGUGGAAGGCCAAACUCCGAGACUAGUCUGGAUGAAGAUAAGAUUCAUCUUCUAGAUUGGGCCUGGAACUUACAUGAGAAUGAGCGUGACAUAGAGCUGGUGGAUCCACGUUUAACUGAAUUCGACGAGAAUGAAGUGAAAAGGGUUAUCAGUGUGGCGCUGUUGUGCACACUAACCUCGCCAUCACUAAGGCCUCCAAUGUCUCGUGUGGUGGCAAUGCUCUGUGGAGACAUUGAGGUAACUAGCACGAUUUCAAAGCCUGGUUAUCUCACUGACUGGAAGUUUAUGCAGAUGCGACUAGCUCCGAUGCAUAAAACAUCACCUGAUGAUAAUCAUUACAAAAGGAAUGCCACAUUGGAGGAAGGCAUGGAAGGGAAUAGCAAACUUUUGUAG